CCCCAAUCACCACCUCGUCACUUUCCUCACGCUCCGGCGUCUGGAUCUACUCAAUCAUACCCCAGCCAUAUUCAGGCACCAACAAAAUACUCUCAUUGCCCACCUUCCUAUCUCUAGUCUACCAUAAUGGCCUAUCGAGGAGGUAGAGGAGGUGGAGCUAGCGGCGGAGGAGGACCCCGUCUGUCCAACAGCUCUGCCUCUUCCAACAUGUCUGGCAACAAUUCCUCCGUCAACACCGGGCGCAAUAGAGGAGGUGGACAGUCAUCUGGACCCCGCGGCUGGGGCUCUCCUUCUCCUCAGCUCAACGGCAGUACACCCAGGCAACAGCAGCACCAGCAACAACAGCACAACAAUAGCCAAAACGCCUCUGCGGCUGCUGCCGUCACUGCCUUUCCCUCCCUCGGCAAAGCAUCAGGCCCUGCCUCGGGCUCUCACAAUGCAGAUAACAGCUCACAGGCCAAGAUGAAGGAUCGGGUCAACUUUGUCAUCCUCAGCCUCGUCGGCAACACCGUCACUGUGAAGACUCAGUCUGGUCCCAAGUACGUGGGCAUCCUUCAUUCCACUACAAUCGAGGGUAGCGAGCUCGGUGUCGCUCUCACCUAUGCUCAGGAGCUCAAAGGCGAUGGCUCUCUGGGCUCUCCAAUUCCUUCCCUCGUCAUCAAAGGACCUGAGCUCAAUGGUGUCGAGGCUAGCGAAGUGACUCUCGGAGAGCCUGUCAAGGCCACAAGUGAUGGCUUCCGAACUGAUGUUGAGAUCUCUGCUCGAGGAGGCCCUGAUCCCUUUGGAGAGGGUCGCACGCUCCAAAAGUGGAGCGACGAUCCUGGUCUCGCUGCACUCGACUCUGGCCUGGAAACAAGCUUUGCUGCCGGCAACAAUGCCACCAACGGCAGUGGAUCCAGUGGAGGAGCCUGGGAUCAAUUUGCAGCCAACGAGGCCCGUUUCGGCAUCAAGUCCAACUACGAGGAGACUAUGUAUACCACGAAGCUCGAUCGUAGCGGCAAGGACUUCAAGGAGCGAGAGAAGCGGGCCGAAAAGCUCGCGGCCGAGAUCAUGGGCUCAGCCUCUGCCAAUCCUCACAUCCAAGAAGAAAGGGGACAAGCCGCUGCUGAUGACUCGGGUCAGAAUGAGGAAGACAAGUAUGGAGCGGUGGUGAGAGGGCCAAAUGCCUAUGUGCCUCCUGCUGCCAGGCGUGCGGCAGAGGCUGCUGCUGCCGCUGGCAAGGGUGCAAAAGAUGCUAAAUCGACUACAGAUGGUGCCGCUCUCCAGGCCACACCGCCUGCUGCUAUCGUCAAUACCGCUUCAGUGCUAGUAGAGCCUCCCAGUGAACAGGCUGCCACGCCCGGUAUUGCAAUCAAGGUGCCUACACCAACGGGAGGUACAGCUCCGUCCGCCACUGCCGAAGCUUUUGUUCCUGCUCAGGCUGCUCCAACAGGCACAAGCGCCUCUGCCAACAAUGAGAAGCUCACGUCGGACUUCCGUCAUUUCGUCUCCUCUGAGCGCCAGCGAAUACUGAGGGAAAAGCAGAAUGCUCUUGCUGGAGCUCAGGCCAAGGCAGAACGGGAGAAACAGGCAAAGCUGGCCGAAUUAAAGAACUGGUCAUCGAGCUUCAAACUGAAGACUCCGAUGCCUGAAGAUGUGGCGGAAGUGAUCCAUAAGUCAACUGCUGGAGAGAAGCCGAGAGAUCCUUCCCUCGUCAAGAGCAUGAGCCCUACGACUGCCCACACACAGACCACCGGUGCGGCUUCGGCCGGCCGAGCAGGCGGAGGAGCAGCAGGAGGCGCGGCUUCUGUCGUUACAAGUCCCGCCGGAGGAGCCGGUGCUGCCUCCGCGACAAGUCUCGCCCCCAAGACUGCCAACGUCGCGACAUCAACAGUCAACAAGAGCACGAAUGCCCAGCUGGCCGAAACAAAGGCGAUCCUAUCGAAGAUGACUAUCCCGAAGAUCCCGCCCUUCAAUUCUGAGAAAGCCAAGGCUCGUCAGGCAGCGGCGGCAGCUGCAGCAAAGGGUGUGGCAGCUGGCACUAGCUCAGACAAGCCGACCGCACCUUUGCAAGGCGUGCCUGUCAUCUCACCGACAGCUGGAAGCAGUGCGGCAGCUCCGAGGAUGAGCGCCAAAGCCAGCUCCUUCAAGCCAUUCAACCCUGCCGCCGCGGCUUUCACGCCUGGAGGCGGGGCCGGUGGGCCCCCUACACUGCCGGCUUCUGCUGCUCCACCUACUGCUGUGAAGCAGUUCUCUCCAGCUGCUUCGGCCAGUGUCGCUGCUCCUGUCCUUGCCGCUCCACCUCAUUCUGCCAAUGCUGUGUCGACUGCGUCGUCGAUGGCGGUGCAAGCGUCCAACCCCUUCUUUGGCACAAAGGUGUUGAAGAAGUCAACGCAUCCCAUCCACAUUCGAGAAGACUUCACCCCUUUCAAGCCCGGAAAAGUUGCGGAAUCGACCACUAUCACGCCGAGUUGGCCAUACACUGGCAAGUCGUAUCGUCAAAUCUUCUCGGCUGUCGCUUCACCAAUGUCGGGCGGCCCACAGCUGGGACUACCAGGAAGCCUUGGCGAAGAUGGCUUGGCCCAUCAGGGAGCUGGUGGAGUUCACCCAGGCUCGAGCGUCCCGUCGACGCCAGCGUCACAGCAUAGCGCUGGACCUCAUCAUCCCGGUGUUCACCAUCCACAGCAGGCUGGUCAACCCGGCCAGAUGGGCAUCUCAUCCAGUCAGUCCUCCGGUGUUCCGCUGAACAUGAUGGUGCCCGGAACCCCCGCCGCCGGCAGUGCAGCUCCACCUCACGCUCCUUCGCCUUAUGGUAUGGUGUACCAGCCUCAGCCCGGUGGUCCUGGCCCCUACCGCUUCCCGCAAGGGCAGUACGUUGUACAAGGUGGUAUGCCGAUGGUGCCGCCGCCAGGUAGCGCAGGCGCAAUGCCUUACGGAGCAGGUAUACCUCUCCAGUACGGACAGCAGAACGGCCACCCUCACCACCUUGCUCAAGGCGGUCCUCAGCACCACAUGCAUGGACAGCAUCAUCAAGGAGCUGGCCAGCCAAUCCACAUUCAGCAGAUGCACUUCCAAGGUCAGGGAGUUCCGCCGUAUCAGCAAUUGUACUCGCCUCAGCUAGGCAAUAUGCAGGCUGCUCCCGCCCAGUACCUGCCAAUGGCUGCUCCUCCCGCGAGUGGAGCUUCGGCUCCGGCUGGACCAUCGACACCUAGGCUUGGAACCAGCAGCAGCGGCCCUGCUUCCAAUUCCGGUGGCAAUGUUCCUACUGGACCCGCUGUCACCAACAACAGCGCGGCCGGCGGCGGCAAGGGUCCAGCAUCACUGCCGCAGGCUCCUCCUCCGUCGGCAGGUGGAAUGUACUACCCUCCCGGCGUACAACAGCCCGGUAGUGGGCCUGUGCAAUAUGGCAGUGCCCCACCUGGUGUGCCUGGUGCUGCUGGCUUCAUCCCGCAACAAGGCCCACCGCACGGAGCGCAGGGAAUGCAAGGGGGCCCUAGGCAACACUACCAGCCGCACCAUCAGCAAUCGCAUCAUCUCCACCAGCAACAGCACUUCCAGCAACAACAGCACCACCAGCAAGGGUACGGCCAGCAGCAGCAGCAUCAUGGUGGUGGUGGACAUGGCUUUGGGGGACAUGCACCUCCGCCGCAACAACAGGGACAUAACCAGCAGCCCUCAGGGCAGGGACAGGGACAGGGGCAGCAAGCAAGCGCAGCACAGGGCCAGGCAGCCAAGAGCGAUGCGGGCAAGGCUAGCGCAAAAGAGUGAGGAGAUGACUUCAUCAAGAGGAGAUGACUUCAUCAAGAGGAGGUGCAUGCUGGCAAAGGCAUCUAGGACGGUGGGCGGAGACGCGAUAGGG